AUGCAGGGUCCUGAUGCGCCAAGGUGCAUCCAUCCCGGCAUGUGCGGUCUGGUAGAGCUGUGGAAGACACUGUACCGUUCCUCAUACCUUCGCCAUUUGAUGAUGACACCAGAGUGGCGCGACGGCGCAUUGUUCCGAUACGCCCCUCCCCUGUCCAUCAUGGCGAACUGGAUGGGUUCAACGUGGAGGGACUUGACUCCGGUUUUGGAACUGGGACAGCUGCAGUACAUCAUAGAAGAGUUCGCACGGCUUGGCCACACUCUCAUGCAUGCCACGGAUUAUGUGCACUACGAGCUGACCCUUCUCCCGCCACGCGUGCAGCGCACCAUGAACGACACCCCAGGCGCCGAGGACGGCCGCGAGAUAACCCUGCACACGCAGCCAGGACCACUACUGAAUGACCAUCGUUGUCGCAGGCGGGUGGCGCGCGUCGUCACCGAGUACCUUGUCCGUCAGGCCCUAAAGCUCGACAUUAAUGUGCGGGACGCACCAGAGCGGUUUGGCGCGUCGAACGCUCUGGUCGACUACCUCGCCAUCCCAGUGUAUUACGAGGGCCACUACUCGCUGGUCAUAGCUACGAACCUCCGCACCAUGGUCAGCGGGAAGCUAUCCGAGACUGUAGAGGGCAGCGUGGAGCUAGUGCAUUACGAUAGUGCACAGCUGCACACCAAGAUGCCGGAAGUGAUGGAGGGCGUCAAGAAUCUGGUUUGUCAGUCACUUUACGUGUGCGCUCUCAUGUUCCGUGUCUGCUGGCAGCCGGAAGACAUCCCACAACAGUCGAACGUGGUAGACUGUGGCAUUUAUGUGGGCAUGUAUCUCCACGCCCUGGUUUCGUCCGGCUUCUCAAUCCUCAAAGAGUGGAUGCCGUUCUACGACGUGAAAUCGUGGGCCUACCGGCGCCAGCUCCGCGAGGAGGUGUCCCUCCACGCCACAGGUGACCUUAUUGUCAAGCUAUUUGGGGAGGGUGUGGAUGUUCCCGUGCAGCCUCUUCCCAAGUUGGGAGAAUAUGGCGCCCUCGUCUUUCCCAAGGAGGAUGAAGUCCGCACCGACCUAGCGAGGCAGUCAGGCAUGAUAACCCGGAUGGAGCUAGGGGGGUACGUCGUAUGUGCGGCUGUCAUGGGCCUGGCACGUUCGCUGGGCAUUUCAGAGGAUCAACUGCUGAGUGGAGCGGCACACGAGCUUCAGGCACACGACAUGCCUCUGCUGGCUCUAUCCACGUCCAAGAACCACGUGGAGCACGCCGCAUCUAUGCGGACGCUCGACAUGACCAUCCACUCGACUCCCUGUCCGCUUCCACUGCCAUCGUUCCCUUCUGCGCAUCUCGAUGGGUCGUCCAUCAUUCAUAGCACUGGUCAGCAGAUCAGGCUGGGUGCGUAUAAUGUGGAGCUCGAUGCGGCGUAUGCGUAUGCCGUGGCGGCAUUUAUGAUCAGGCGUAAUGACCACAUCCAGCACACGAAGGAGCUGUCGGACACGGAGAAGGCAUCCCUGAUCGAGUGUGUUCGCGACGACGUGCGUCAUCUGGUCAAGGCACAGAUGUGGUGGAGGUGGCGUCAGUGGAGGACAACAAUGGAAGAGCUGGGCAUUGCUCCUAGUACUCCCUUCCCCCUCAAAAACAAUGGCGCUCGGUCGUCGGACAACAGCAGUGGUGAUGACGACGUGGGAGGCAGGAUGGUCCAUGAUGUGGAGGCGGUGGACGAGUAG